GUCAAUGUCAAGCUACAACGUUCCUAGUUUGUUUUUAUUAUAAUUGUUGCGCAUAUUAGUGUUAUCUAGCAUCUCUGUCUUACUUACCAAUUCUUGUUGAUAUUCCAUGAAAAACAACAAUAUAAUUAUGUUUUUGUGUUAUGCUUUCUAAACCUCAACGUGUUGAUUCUUUGUAAUAGCAAACAAAAAAGGGUUCUUCACUCGGAAGAAUCCGGUGGUAUAAAUUGACGUUAUAAUAAUUGUAUUGUAUUAUUUAUAUAUAUAAAUUAGCAGUUAGUAUAGCUGACAAUAUGUCGAAUGUAUCGAAAAGAAGAAAAGAGGGAUCCAGAACCAAGAUCAAGAGCAUGGGUGACCACAAGGAGUUCCUGAAGCGCAUCACUAAGACACUAUACUAUGGCCAAUUACCCACUUUACCCUGUCUAAGUCUACCAGUUACAGAGAUUUCGUGUGAGCUGUGGUCAGUGUCCCAGCGCGGGCGGUCGCUCCGGCGCCUGCACGCGGACGCGGCGGCCGGCAUCGCGCGCAGCGCGUGUGUGUCGCCCUGCGCGCUCGUGCUGGCCAUCCUCUACCUAGAACGAUUGAAUGCUUGCAAUCCUGAUUACAUCGCCGCUGCUGCGCCUGCUGAUCUCUUCCUUGUUUCCCUGAUGGUAGGUAACAAGUUUUUGCAAGAUGAUGGAGAAGACGACGAUGUGGUAUGCUCUGAGUGGGCUGCCUCUGGUGGUUUAGAGCUGAACCAGCUGAAAAAGCUUGAAGUUGAAUUCCUCAAUGCAAUAGAUUGGAACGUAUUCGUGAGUGAAAAAUCAUUUGAAGCAGGAUUGAUGUGGUUGGAACGGCAAGUGGCGCUGAAGCAGGCUCAGCUGCGAGGGUUCUUCACGUACAGCGACCUGGUGGCUGCCAGUGACGCAGCUCUGCUGCCGUCGCUGGCCCGCGGGUUAGGCGCAGCCUGCGCGUCCCUGGCACUGGCCUACCUGACCAGCCUCGUGGCCUUCCUCACGUCCACGCUAGUCAUGUCGCAUGCCUGGCUGCCCGCUCUACAUUACAUGGCCACGCGCACUCCACUUGCACCCCUAACCGCCCUCGACGCGCUUGAUACAAAUAUUAUAACGCACAGUUUGCAUUCGGAUCUGACCUCAUACAACAACAAUGCAACUCUAGACCAGUCCACAUUACAUAUUCUCUCUGAAGAGACUGUUUCUGACAGCUUAAAGUGUUGCACAAAGUGGACCAAGUAUCAAGAUAGUACGACGAGCAAGAGGAACUGGUAUGACGCGAUCGUAGUGUACGACUGGAAGACCUUGGAGCCGUGGUGGUCGACGACAUCUGUACUCAAUUGGUUGUAUCAGAGCUCUCUCGUAAACCCGAUGCAGCGUUGGCUGGACAAACUCAGCUCAUUAAGCGAAUUAGUUGCGCGCGACGUAGGUGGUUCCACACCGCAUCGGAGCUGCGGGGCGGCGCCGAACUGUCUGCGGCAGGGCCUCAACCUCAGCAAGCUGGGCGCGCUCGUGGCCACUGUGUCCGACCGGUAGACCGCCAGACCGACACCAAAAAGGCUGAUAAAUUAUGGACAAUGAAUGACGCCGUGUUCACAGGACAAUUUACAACAACUACAAUGUUAAUAUAAGUAAUUAUUUUAAAUGAUAACUAUCGUGAGACAUUGUAUAUAUAUUUAAAAUUUCUCCUUUCUCACGUGGAUUUACUGAGAAGUUCUUUUAUUACUACUAGUGCUGAUCAUGUUUUAAUUAAUUUAUUAACAAUUACUCCAACUUUUAAGCUUAAUAACUUGUUAAAAUAACUAUUUUUUAAAAGAUAGGCUUAACGUUAAGCCAUUGUUCAAUUAUUUGUUCACGAUUUAGUUUUGUUUUUGGAUCUAAAAAUAAAAAUAUCAAUUUUGGAAUUGCGUUGUAAAAUGUCCGGUGAGCAAUUUUAACGUUUUUAAAUAAAUAGCUAUACUUCUAUUCUUCCAUCGCUAAAGACUUGUGUCUCAAAACAAAUGAGAAAAACGUAAAACAUCAAAAUGGCAGACACAGCAUGAACUAAGACUAAGGGCGAGUAUACAAUGCGGCGUACCGAUGACACGUCAUAAAAAUCAACCACACUGUACUACGUAUCGUAAUCGACCGCAGCACAUUUUCGCAUCGUUCAAACGAACCGAUCGUACUGAACGAUGACGCUUUUUAUGGCUGUGGGACUUAAACUAUAAGAUGCGUCGUCGCUGCGCAGUAUUUUGAACUCGUCUUAACUUGAAAGUAUACAAUGCUUGAAACAUAGCCAUUUUAAAAUGUUAUCAUUUGUUGUAAGAAAUCUAUUGUCUAUAGUUGAUCAAUAAUGAUCAACUAACUUAGUAAUUCUACAUAACGAACAGUUUUCAAUGUUAUAUUCAAUAAAAAACUAGAAAAAGAUCAGUCCAUUACAACACUUGAUAUGUAUAUAAAUAUAUAUUUUAUACAAACUUGUCAGCGACGUAAUAGCAUUGGCAAAGGGUUGAAACAAUAUCGCUCUAGUGCUAUCAAUAUUUCUAUCUAUUUUUGUAUGUGAUGUGGUGUAUUAAAACUAUCAGCAAUGAAAAUAUUACGUUUUAUUUUUAAAAAAAUAUAAUUAUAUAAUAAAAUGUAUCUUAUCACUAACGAGUAAGUCAGCUUAUGUACUCGAGGAAAUAUAUUGCCAGUAAAUUCAUAGGACUGGCGUCGACUACGCUUAUCACAAUUGGUUGCUUAUAAAUAACACUACUACUAAUGACCUCAUCAGAAAUGACAAAUAUUAAAUAACUCUCGAGGUAAAAUUUAAAGUAAAAGAGAAUUAGCUUGUAAAUGCUAUAAAAUAAAUGCGAAUGAGGCACAUAUACUGAAUUACCAGGCUGGAGUUUGUUCCAAAGUCGAUUUAUAGAAGUUCAUUUGUCAUGGAAUAUUACUCGGAAAUAGAAAAAAUCCGGAGAUUUAUUAUCGUAAAUAUAUAAAUAAUUGAGCAAAACGCGUAA